AUGACUAGUCAGUUGGUACAUUGUAGAAUUCUGAAUAGACAGGGGUCAAAGGAAUUUUAUUGUACUUUUGUGUAUGCUUUUAAUGAUGGCAAUGGAAGAAGAGAAGCUUGGAAGGACUUGGAGGACCUGGCUAAGGACAUUACUGGCCCUUGGUUAUUAACAGGUGACUUUAACUGUGUAAUGAAUGUGAAUGAGAGGAUUGGAUCUGUGGUGAGGCACCAGGAGAUUGCAGAUCUUUGUAGUUGUAUGAAUGUGUGUGGUAUGCAGGAUAUGGUUAGCACUGGUUGCUUAUUCACUUGGAAUAAUAAGCAACAGGGAGAAAGUAGAGUCUAUAGUAAACUGGAUAGGGUUAUGAUCAAUCAGGAAUGGAUAAACCAAUUUCAGCACUCAGCAGCUCAAUUCUUACCUGAAGGCUUAUUUGAUCAUUGUCCAGUUGAAAUAAAUGUUUAUCCUCAGUUGCAGAUGGGAAGAAGGCCUUUUAAAUAUUUCCAUAUGUGGAGUUUUUCUAGGAAAUUUGAAGAAAUUGUUACAGAAGCUUGGAGUAGUCAUCAGGUGGGGACUCCUAUGUAUCAGGUGGUGAAGAAGCUCAAGAAGGUUAAGGAGGCUCUCAAACAGUUAAAUAAGGCUGGCUUUGAUGAGAUCCAAAGUAAGGAGCUGGUUGCUCUUACUGAAUACAAAACAUUACAAGACCAGUUACAUCAGAAGCCUGGUGAUGUUGAUUAG